AUGGACUUUACAGGACCUGGUAUGCCGCUCAUGAAUCCCAUGCUUGCCGGUGGUGGUAUGCCUCUCCGCGGGAUACAGACAGAUUGUAUGGAUUUUUCGAUGCCUGGGAAUCCGAAUUACAUGUUCGAUGGCCGGCCUAUAGGACCCAUGAGUUUCUGUGGCACUGGACGUAUGCCAGGUAUGGGCACGGGCAUGAGCCCGUUAGGUGGCGGACUUGGUGGAUUCGGUGGACUCGGCAGGUCAAUGAUGCCCGGUCGACUAGGCAUGGGCAUGGGUGGCCUGGGCGGCUUGGGUAGCAUGGGUGGCAUGGGUGGCAUGAUUGGUAUGGGCGGUAUGGGCAUGGGGUCGCCGUUGAUGGGUGGCAUGGGUAUGUUGGGCGGAGCAGGAGGGCUAGGCCUGGAGAGGUUCGGGAUAGGGGCAACCUGGUUUGAUAUGCUGGACGAUGACGAGUGGGAUGACAUGGAUGACUUCGAGGACCCAGAUCAGUAUCUCGUUGAGAUACGACGAGCCUACAGAAGGAGAGAGAAGGUGAUGAGGAGAUUGGGCAAGCAGCAGUUCCUCUGA